AUGUACAUAUCGGAGGGCGUGUCCCCGCCGGCGGGCGCGGGCGCGGGCCGCACGCGGCUGGACGCGCUGCUGCGCUGCGUGGAGCGCCUGUAUGCGUGCGACCCGCUCGGGCUACGCCACCACUACUGGCUGGCGUGCCACGCCACCACGCAGCACUCGCACGGCGGGCGCGCCGCGACGCUGUACAAGUUCGUCCGCCUGUCCGGGGAGCUGGUGUGCGCGGCGCUGCUGCCGGCGUACCUGCGCGCGCUGGCCAGCCUGGCCGUGCCGCGCCACACGUGGGCGCUGCUGGCGCGCCGCGACGCGCUCUCCGCUCACCACCUGCUCACCGCGCUGCAGCGCUACCGCUGGAAUCUGCGCGCUGAUCCAUUACCGUUUUCGGAACAUCAACACUCGUCGCUGGGCGCGUCGGCUAUAAUCACGCCUGCCGCCCGCCCAGGGAAGUUGCUAGUCAGACAGGAAGAGGUGGAAGCCAUGAUAGCCGCGCUAAAGUUGAUCGCAGCGGUGGCGAAGCAGGACGAAGCCGCUUGUGCUAACAUUUGCGAAAAUUUACAGUGGGACGCCGUCAACGUCAUGUUCGGUUUGGUCUGCUGCCACGUGCCCAUCCAGUUGAAGGCGGAGCUGCUGACCACCCUGGCCGCUCUGGGCGGGACCACCGCGACCGCAGGCCGCGUGUGGACCGCGUUGGAGGCCGCGCAACUAGUGGGCGCUGCCGACGAUAAGCGAGCCCUCACCGCUGACCUGAAUGAGGUGGAGUGCCGCAUGGAGGAGUACCCGCUGUCGCGCGCGUUCGUGUCGCUGCUGGCGGCGCUGACGGCGGCGGGCGGGGUUCCGCGCGCGCUGGGGGCGGGCGCGCGGCGGCCGGGGCUGGACCCCUACCUGCACCACGCGCUGCACCGCCUGGCGCUGCCCGCGCCGCACCGCCCGCACGCCAGGCCGCACCACCGGCCCCAGAUGCUGUCUCUCUGCUUCCGUCUAUUCGCUUUAUGGCUCGACCAGUACGAGCCGUCCCCGUCCGACUUCCCCCCGCCGGGCCGGGAGCCGGACAUGAACCCGCCGCCCGGGUUCAGGCUGUUGCUGCAGCUCCACACCAAGUCGGAGUUUCUCAGGCUGUUACUGAACACACUAGACGAGGCCUUCGACGUAUUGGAUAAACAACAGCUGACGCAGGGAAAGGAGUAUGUAGAAGACAGUCUGAUGAGUGCGCUGCAAAUCCUGGAGCGUGGACUAGCGCUGGAGCGCGCGCUGGUGGCCGCCGCCAACGAGGCCGGCCGCGCUGUACCCAUAAUAGGACUAUCCAAACUUAUACUCGCGAGCGAAAGCAGCUCGGGCGCCGACCGCCUGGUGACGUGUUGCCGCGUGGUGCAGCUGGGGGGGGCGUGUGCCGCGCGCGCCACCCAGCUGCUGACGCGCGCGCUGCAAGCGCCACACGCCGCCGCGCACCUGCUGGCCGCGCUGGCGCACCGCCACGCCAGGGCGGACGAGAUCAGACACGGGUUCGUGGAGUGCCUGGAGGCGGAGGAGUGGGGCGGGCAGGCGGGCGUCGUGCGGCAGACCAAGGAGGGCAUCCUGCUGCUGCUGCACCAGGCGCUGCCCACCGCGCCGCCCAACCUCGCGCACUUUCUGCUCGGGUACCAGCUUAACGAAGACGUGAGUAAGAGUGCUCUAAACGAGCCCGGUGUGGGCGGUCACCCGCGCACUUGUCUGCACUCGAUACUGGACAUUCUCGAUCAACAUAUCGCACUACAACCCGCUGCCGAUAAGGAGGCCACUAACUUGGUGGAGAGCUGCUACAGGCUGGUGUACUGGUUGUGCGCUAGACCGAACACGUCGGCCCCAGCGCUGCGGUACCUGCGCGCCAGGGACUACUUUCUGGCCAGACACGUCAAAGCUACAGUUAACUUGGAGACGGCGGGCGCGGUGACGUUGUCUGCGCGCUCGUGGGUGCUGCGCGCGUGCGCGUGCGAGGCGGGCGCCGCCGCCGCCGCGCGCCACCACGCCGCCCUCGCCGCCCUACUCGCCGCGCUCACGCACAACAGGCACGCGCACACGCAGGAGUGGGAGUGGUGCCUGCUGCGCCGCACGCUGGAGGGGCUGCCGGUGAGCGUGGAGGCGGCCGUGGAGCCCCCCUGGGAGCUGUUCCACGCCCACCAGCUGAGGCAGGCGCUCGACUCCUGCGAUCUACCUACAGGCAUGGGUGGUAAGCGUAUUAGCGUGACGCGGGUACACGCGUUGCUGUCGCGUGAAUUGGCAGCGCUGCACGCUACUGCGCCUCAAAGGAAUCUCGUCGCACAAGAAAUACAGAAGGUCUUAGAUUAUGUAACCGAAGUCAACAGGCAACGAAAUCUAGCGGCAACUCUCACACACUACUAUGACUCAUGGCGACAACUGACAGAAAUAUUGUUUUGUGUCGCGCCACCCGACAUUCUCAACCUGGAAUCCAAGAAAAACCUCCUCCUGAACAUUCUCCAGGACUUACUAAACAAGAUACCACCAGCUGAAGUACUCCCACAGUUGGGAAACCUAGCUUCCGGCACAGUUCUACUGCUCUUAGUUAAUUUACGUCACUGUUACAUAAUGCAGAAAAGGGAAACCAACUUGGACGCGUCGGAAUUCGAAACGUCAUUUUUUGGUCCUUCGAGUCAAAUAAUGCAGACGAAAACUUUAACGUUGAAGUUUAUACUGCACAAAAUAUUGAGUUGGAUAUUAGUUUCUGGAGGUUCGACGCAGAAGAUGCGCGUGAAUCUAUACGGAGCGCUGUUGAACUAUUUGAAUAUCGUAAAUUUGAAACCUAACGCGGCCGAUCCGGAGGAGGAUGUGAACGUGACGUACGUCAGUAGAUUGGACAGUUCCAAAGUGAGACCCAGCAAAGAUGAAACUGUUUUGAAGUCGAUGGUGAUAGACGUGAUCAGUGGUUUCGGUGAAAACUUGUGUUCUAUAGUGUGUAGCGAUUGUAUCGGUGCCGGGCACGAUGUCUGCCGCAUGGUGGCGCUGGCGUGCUUGGAUUCUCUACUGGAGAUACAUCCGCGCACUGAUUGGAUGCACACGCUCACCAAUCAAGGAUAUCUCAGGAGUCUCAUAGAUAGUCUGAUGCAAGACGAUGAGGGUUUGAAGGAGGCGUUGGAGCCGAACCCUAAGUCGCUGCGCGUACUUUACGUGUACGAAUCAAAGAUGGCGUUGCUAGUGAAGUUAGCUGGCAGCAGGAGCGGGGCGGAGACGUUGCUCGCUCAGGGCGCGCUCUCGUGCCUCGCCAACAUGCGCGCGCUCUCCUGCCACCCCGACAUACACGCCGCCACGGACACCGCCCGCGACACACAGUUCGUGCCGCCAGUCACUGACAGGUUCCGUCAAAUCCUGGUGCCGGCGUUGUCGCUGUGUGACGCCCUGCUGACGUCACUGGGUACCGGCAACCACAGCUGCGUGCUGCACAUCACGCAUCUGCUGCUCAGUCACGCCGAUGUGCUGGACAUCGUACUCAGAGCGGCACACCCGAACUCGCCGCUAGACUUGCUGAUCGAGACGGAGGCGCUGACGUGCGUGCUAGCGCGCGCGUCGGACGGGCGCGCGGCGGCGGGCGCGCGCGGCGACACGGCGCUGCAGCACAGCGGCGGCGCGCUGCAGCGGCUGCACGCGCUCAUGCUGGCGCUGCUGCCGCGCUACACGCGCCCGCCGCCGCACGCGCCCGACCACCACCACCACGACGACCACCGCCAGACGCUCUACUACAAGAUCGUGUGUAAUCUACUGACGUUCGCUCGUAAUAUGAUCGAGCACGAUGGGUCGCGCACAUUGUUCCUCCCCUCCCUCAACGGCAGUGGGGGAGGGGGUGGGGGGGACGUGGCCCCGCACGUGGGCUCGCUGCUGCAGCUGCUCCAGAGUAUGCUGCAGAGCGUGCAGCAUCUCGACAAGCUGCUCGCCACGCAGCAACAUCAGCUGCAAAGCGUACCUUCUAUGACGCUGUCCGACAUAAAGAAGCUGACGGGCGACGUGAGCGGGUCCGUGUCCCCGGCGGAGGAGCGCGCGCGCGGCGUGUGCGUGCUGCGGGCGCGUGUGGGCGCGCGGCGCGUGCAGCUGCAGCGGGCGCGCGCCGCGCUCGAGCACGCGCUGUACCUGCUGCGGGACGCGCUGCGGGUGCACCUGCGCCUGGCCGCCGCGCCGCCGCCCGCGCACCCCGCCAGCAGCGCGUGGCGUGGUGCCGGAGGCGAUGAUUUGCCUGAAUUGAGGAAAGGCCUGAUCGCUAUUUUCAACGACCGCUUCAUCGACGAGUUGCUAGAAACCACCAAAAAUCAGCCGCCGCCGCAGCGCGGUUUCUUAGAAGUCCUUUUAAAAGAUAUCAAGAGUAUGAUCCAGUUCUCUCCGUUGUGA